UGAAACUCGAUUAUUACAGGUAACACCGUAACAGUAAUAGCGCUUGAUUCGUCGGUGUCGCAUUGAAAACGGUCGCCGCGCGCCGCGUAUCCUAUCAAAAAAUAACCAAUUUGCAGUGCUCCGGUUAACUGAACAGUCCCCGACGAAGUGGCCCGAAAAAUGCCCAGGAUUACACGAGAGGAUAUUUAACUAGAAACGGAUAACGUUGAUGCCUUUCUACAAUGGUUAUAGUGACGCGGGGUGAUUACAUAUGGAUCGAGCCGACGGCCGGGGGGGAGUUCGACGUGGCGAUCGGGGCGUGCGUGGUGUCGGCGGAAGGCAGGAGGAUCGCCGUGCGAGACGACGAUGGCAACGAGCACUGGCUGUCGCCGGAGCGGCGCAUCAAGGCGAUGCACGCGACCUCGAUACACGGCGUCGAAGACAUGAUAGGCCUGGGGGAUCUGCACGAGGCCGGGAUACUGAGGAACCUGCACAUCAGAUACAACGAGAAUCUCAUAUACACUUACACCGGAUCCAUUUUGGUGGCGGUGAACCCGUACCAAAUUCUACCGAUCUACACCGCUGAUCAGAUCAAAUUGUAUAAGGAGAGGAAAAUCGGAGAGCUACCUCCGCACAUUUUCGCCAUUGGUGACAAUUCCUACGGGCACAUGAGACGGUAUGGUCAAGAUCAAUGUAUAGUAAUCUCGGGCGAAUCCGGCGCUGGUAAAACCGAAAGCACCAAACUCAUCCUGCAAUAUCUAGCCGCAAUCAGCGGGAAACACUCCUGGAUAGAGCAGCAGAUCCUCGAGGCGAAUCCCAUUCUGGAAGCCUUCGGUAACGCCAAAACCGUGAGGAACGACAACAGUUCCAGGUUCGGCAAGUACAUCGACAUACACUUCACGCGAGAGGGCGUCAUCGAGGGCGCCAAAAUUGAGCAGUAUUUGCUGGAAAAGAGCAGGAUAGUCUCGCAGAAUCCGGACGAAAGGAACUACCACGUCUUCUACUGCAUCCUGGCCGGACUGGGCAAAGACGACAAGAAGAAAUUGGAGCUGGGAGAUGCUAGUCAAUAUCGAUAUUUAACCGGGGGCGGAUGUAUAACAUGCGAAGGAAGAGACGAUUCGGCGGAAUUCGCGGACAUCCGAAGCGCCAUGAAGGUACUUCUAUUCUCCGACUCGGAGAUCUGGGAGGUGAUGAAACUCCUGGCUGCCAUCUUGCACAUCGGCAACAUCAGGUACAAGGCCACCGUGGUGGACAAUUUAGACGCCACCGAAAUCCCGGACCCCACCAACGUCCUCAGGGUGGCCAAUCUGCUGGGCGUACCGCCGCAGCUGCUCAUCGACGCGCUCACCAGGAAGACGCUCUUCGCCCACGGCGAGACCGUCGUCUCGACGCUCUCGCGCGAGCAGAGCGUCGACGUGCGCGACGCCUUCGUCAAGGGCAUCUACGGGCGGCUGUUCGUGCUCAUCGUCAGGAAGAUCAACAAGGCCAUCUACAGGCCCAAGGAGCGGCAACGCCGGUCGAUCGGGGUGCUCGACAUAUUCGGCUUCGAGAACUUCGAUCACAACAGCUUCGAGCAGUUCUGCAUCAACUUCGCCAACGAGAACCUGCAGCAGUUCUUCGUCAGGCACAUAUUCAAGCUCGAGCAGGAGGAGUACAACUUGGAGGGCAUCAACUGGCAACACAUCGAGUUCGUCGACAAUCAAGACGCCCUCGAUUUGAUCGCCAUUAAACAACUAAACAUCAUGGCCCUCAUCGACGAAGAAAGCAAGUUCCCCAAAGGCACCGAUCAAACCUUCCUGGCGAAGCUCCACAAGCAGCACGGCCGCCACAGGAACUACCUGAAACCGCGCUCGGACAUCAACACCAGCUUCGGGCUGAACCACUUCGCCGGCGUGGUGUUCUACGACACCAGGGGCUUCCUGGAGAAGAACCGGGACACGUUCAGCCCCGAUCUGCUGCAACUCAUCAGCGUCAGCGGCAACAAGUUCCUGCAGCAGAUCUUCGCCGAGGACAUCGGCAUGGGCUCGGAGACGAGGAAGCGCACGCCGACGCUCUCCACGCAGUUCAAGAAGAGCCUCGACUCGCUGAUGCGCACGCUGUCCAAUUGCCAGCCGUUCUUCAUCAGGUGCAUCAAGCCCAACGAGCUGAAGAAGCCCAUGAAGUUCGACAGGACGUUGUGCUGCAGGCAGCUCAGGUACUCCGGCAUGAUGGAGACCAUCAGGAUCAGAAGAGCGGGUUAUCCCAUUAGGCACAGUUUCGCUGAAUUUGUCGAAAGAUACAGGUUCUUAAUAUCUGGCGUUCCUCCUGCGCACAAGACUGAUUGCAGAAGCGCUACUUCUAGAAUAUGCUCGAUAGUACUAGGUAGAUCUGAUUAUCAACUCGGUCACAACAAGGUAUUCCUUAAGGACGCCCACGAUCUAUUUCUGGAGCAAGAAAGGGAUCGAGUAAUAACCAAAAAAAUACUCAUUUUACAAAGAUCGAUCAGAGGCUGGGUGUACCGCAGGCGGUUCUUGCGCCUCAAAGCCGCCACCAUAAUCGUCCAGAAAUACUGGAAAGGCUACGUCCAACGGCAGCGCUACAAGAAGAUGCGCUUGGGGUACAUGCGCCUGCAGGCGCUCAUCCGCGCCAGGGUGCUCUCGCACAGGUUCCGGCACCUGCGAGGGCACGUGGUGGGGCUGCAGGCGCACUCCAGGGGCUACCUGGUGCGCAGGGAGUACGGCUACAAAAUGUGGGCCAUCAUCAAGAUACAGUCGCACGUGCGCCGGAUGAUAGCGCAGAGGAGGUACAAGAAGAUCAAGUUCGAGCAGAAGAGGCACGUGGAGGCGCUGCGGCUGAAGAAGAAGGAGGAAAGGGAGUUGAAGGACGCCGGCAACAAGCGGGCCAAGGAAAUCGCCGAGCAGCACUACAGAGAGCGCAUCUACCACAUGGAGAAGAAGGAGAUGGAGCUGGAAAUGGAGGAGCGCAAGCAAGUGGAGGAGCAGAAGAAUAAAAUUAACGAGGCCGCUAGGAAGGCGGACGAGCCCGUGGAUGAUUCUAAAUUGGUGGAAGCGAUGUUCGAUUUUCUGCCUGAUAGUUCCAGCGAAGCGCCCACACCAGGUCGAGAAACUUCUGUCUUCAACGAUUUACCAUCCAGGCCUGCAGAAAAUGAAAUCAUCAGCCCCCUGGCGACGGCUUCCGAAGACGAGGAAGACCUCAGCGAGUUUAAAUUCCAAAAAUUCGCAGCUACUUAUUUCCAAGGGAACAUCGGUCACCAGUACUCGAGGAAACCUCUGAAGCAUCCUCUAUUGCCUCUGCACACCCAAGGCGACCAACUCGCUGCUCAAGCUUUAUGGAUAACCAUCCUUCGAUUCACCGGGGAUCUUCCGGAGCCCCGCUAUCACACGAUGGACAGAGACACCACCUCGGUGAUGUCGAAAGUGACGGCCACUCUGGGCCGCAAUUUCAUCCGCAGCAAGGAAUUCCAAGAGGCCCAACUCAUGGGUUUGGAUCCCGAAUCGUUCCUCAAGCAAAAACCUAGGUCUAUCAGGAACAAACUGGUAUCCUUGACGUUGAAAAGGAAGAACAAACUAGGCGAAGACGUCAGAAGGAAGCUGCAAGACGAGGAAUACACGGCCGACAGCUACCAAUCCUGGCUGGAAACCCGACCGACGAGCAACUUGGAGAAGCUCCACUUCAUCAUCGGCCACGGGAUCCUCCGGGCCGAACUCCGCGACGAGAUAUACUGCCAAAUAUGCAAGCAACUCACCAACAACCCGUCGAAAUCCUCGCACGCCAGAGGCUGGAUACUCCUCUCGCUGUGCGUCGGCUGCUUCGCCCCCUCCGAGAAGUUCGUCAGCUACCUCAGAGCCUUCAUCAGAGAGGGCCCGCCCGGUUACGCUCCUUACUGCGAGGACCGCCUCAAGCGCACCUUCAACAACGGCACCAGAAACCAGCCGCCCAGCUGGCUGGAACUCCAAGCCACCAAGUCCAAGAAACCCAUCAUGCUGCCCAUCACCUUCAUGGACGGCAACACCAAGACCCUUCUAGCCGAUUCCGCUACUACUGCUAGAGAAUUAUGCAAUCAGUUGUCGGAUAAAAUAGGCCUCAAAGAUCAAUUCGGGUUUUCUCUGUACAUCGCGCUGUUCGAUAAGGUGUCUUCGUUGGGCAGCGGCGGCGACCACGUCAUGGACGCCAUAUCGCAGUGCGAGCAAUACGCCAAGGAGCAGGGCGCGCAGGAGCGCAACGCGCCGUGGCGCCUUUUCUUCCGCAAGGAGAUCUUCGCGCCGUGGCACGAGCCCACCGAGGACCAGGUGGCGACGAACCUCAUCUACCAGCAGGUGGUGCGCGGCGUCAAAUUCGGCGAGUACCGCUGCGACAAGGAGGAGGACCUGGCGAUGAUAGCGGCGCAGCAGUACUUCAUCGAGUACGACAGCGACAUGAACGUGGAGCGGCUGCUCACGCUCCUGCCCAACUACAUACCCGACUAUUGCCUGGCGGGCGUGGAGAAGGCGGUCGACAGGUGGGCCGCCUUGGUGGUGCAGGCGUACAAGAAGAGCUACUACGUUAAAGAGAAGGUGGUUUGCCUGCGAGUGAAAGAAGACGUAGUGAGCUACGCUAAAUUCAAGUGGCCUCUGCUCUUCUCGAGGUUCUACGAGGCGUACCGAAACUCCGGCCCGAAUUUGCCCAAGAACGAUGUCAUCAUUGCCGUGAAUUGGACGGGGGUGUACGUCGUCGACGAUCAGGAGCAGGUCCUGCUAGAAUUGUCCUUUCCCGAGAUAACGACUGUCGCUAGUCAGAAAACCAACAAAGUCUUCACACAGACCUUCAGCUUGAACACGGUCAGAGGCGAGGAGUUCACGUUCCAAAGCCCCAACGCCGAGGACAUCAGAGACCUGGUCGUUUAUUUCCUAGAAGGUUUGAAGAAGCGCUCGAAGUUCGUGAUCGCCUUGCAGGAUUACAAAGCGCCGGGAGAGGGUUCCAGCUUCCUGACCUUCCUGAAAGGCGAUCUGAUCGUCCUGGAGGAGGAUAGUACCGGGGAGACGGUGCUGAAUUCGGGCUGGUGCGUCGGAAGGUGCGAAAGGACGCAGGAGAAAGGCGAUUUUCCUGCUGAAACGGUGUACGUUCUGCCCUGCAUGUCGAAACCGCCCGGGGAAAUUUUACAACUUUUUUCCGUGGAAGGGGCGGAACACAGCCGCAGAUUGAGCCAGCAAUACGCCACCAACGGCACCGAGACCCGCGACCGACCCCACAACCUCUCCGACUACUCCAUCGAUCACUUCAGGCCGCCCGUCAAGCGCACCAUGUCCAAGGCGCUCACGCUCACCGCCAACCGGCGCAACGUCGACGACCUCUGGAAGCACUCGCGCGACCCCAUCAAGCAGCCGCUGCUCAAGAAGCUCCUCGCGAAGGAGGAGCUCGCCGAGGAGGCCUGCUUCGCCUUCAGCGCCAUCCUCAAGUACAUGGGCGAUCUGCCGUCGAAGCGGCCGCGCAUGGGCAACGAGUACACCGAUCACAUAUUCGACGGGCCCCUCAAGCACGAGAUACUCAGAGACGAGAUCUACUGCCAGAUCAUGAAGCAGCUAACAGAUAACAGAAACAGAUUGUCCGAGGAAAGGGGAUGGGAGCUCAUGUGGCUGGCGACGGGACUGUUUAGUUGCUCGCAGAGCCUGCUGAAGGAGCUGACGUUGUUUUUGAGGAGCAGGAGGCACCCGAUAUCGCAGGACUCGCUGCAGAGGUUGCAGAAAACGUUGAGGAACGGCCAGAGGAAGUAUCCCCCGCAUCAGGUCGAAGUGGAGGCGAUCCAGCACAAGACCACGCAAAUAUUCCACAAGGUCUACUUUCCUGAUGACACCGACGAAGCUUUCGAGGUGGAUUCCAGUACUAGAGCUAAGGAUUUCUGCCAGAAUAUUAGCCAGCGGUUGAAUCUGAGGUCGAGCGAGGGGUUCAGUUUGUUCGUUAAGAUUGCAGAUAAAGUGAUAUCUGUACCAGAGGGAGACUUUUUCUUCGAUUUCGUGAGGCACUUAACAGACUGGAUCAGAAAAGCGCGCCCGACAAGAGACGGGAUCACACCGCAAUUUUCUUAUCAAGUGUUCUUCAUGAAGAAACUAUGGACAAACACUGUACCAGGUAAAGACAGGAACGCAGAUUUGAUCUUCCACUUCCACCAGGAACUCCCCAAACUCAUCAGGGGCUACCACAAGUGCACUAAAGAAGAGGCCGUUAAGUUAGCGGCUUUAGUCUACCGAGUGAGAUUCGGGGAAAGCAAACAGGAAAUGCAAGCGAUACCUCAAAUGCUAAGGGAACUAAUACCGGCGGACCUGCACAAGCUGCAGAACUCCAACGACUGGAAGCGGUCCAUAGUAGCAGCGUACAACCAGGACGCCGGGAUGAACCCCGAGGACGCGAAGAUCACAUUUUUGAAGAUAGUCUACCGCUGGCCCACCUUCGGAUCGGCCUUCUUCGAGGUGAAGCAGACCACGGACCCCAACUACCCGGAAAUGCUGCUCAUCGCCAUCAACAAGCACGGCGUCAGCCUCAUACAUCCCCAAUCUAAGGAUAUUUUAGUGACGCAUCCCUUCACGAGAAUAUCGAAUUGGUCUUCGGGCAACACUUAUUUCCACAUGACCAUAGGUAAUUUAGUUAGAGGAUCGAAGCUGCUGUGCGAGACUUCGCUGGGCUACAAAAUGGACGAUUUGUUGACAUCGUACAUUUCGUUAAUGCUGACUAAUAUGAAUAAACAGAGGAGUUUGAGGAUUAAAUAGAUGUGUGGAGGAAAUAGUGUAUAGGUCAUUACGUGAGGUGAUUCGUAUGAGAAUUAGCCGUUAAUGUUUUCUUUUUGUUUUAUUUAUUUUUAAUAGGAAAAAGUAAUAGAUCGUUAGAGAUUAUUUUGAUCAAUACUUAAAAUCAUUUCCUAGGAAAUUCAUUUUUUAAUCUCGCAUUUUUGAAUAGAAAAUUUAUAUGAUAAUUAUUAAUAUUACUCAUAGCCAAUUUUCUAAAGUACUCGACUUGUUUACAAAAUGUUAUUUUAACAACUAUAUACACGUUAUGAUGUUUUUGUAGCGUUUUUACAUUAUUUUACCCAGUAAUUUGUUUCAUUAGUAUUGUUUAGAUAUUCGUAUUCUUAUUGUAUCCAAUUAUUUAUUGAAAGAGUGUAUUGUUAUUAUUAUAAAAAAGUAAUAUAACUUCCGAAUCUCCCAAUUUACCUGUUUUCGAAUACCCGUCAAAAAGUUGUCUAUUUAAAGCUUUAUUUUAUUUGUUGUCGACUAUUUUUUAUGUAUAUGCUUAGUGUAAAUACAUUCACAUCACUUAAGUACUAUAAAUUAGAUGUUUUAUAUUGUGAGAAUGGUUGUAAAUAGGUGAAUGACAAUAAAUUAUAUUUUUAAUUGUGGU